UGCUUUUCCCUCCAACCGCCUCCACGCUGCGUGUUUGUCGACGCACAACUCGCAUUAAGUCAACAAUAUAAAUAUACGGAUCGAGCUGACUAUCUUCUGGGUCUGCACGGUCGAGUUAAUUCACUUCGGUGCACUUCAUCCCAAGACACGUGGUACCGUCGUGGUCGCUCACAUAAGUACUUAAGUACUUCGCUCAAGGGUCUGACCCUCCGUCCACCUCCACCACCACUGACUGCACUACAACCCAAAUUGCCCACAACACAACAAACUGCAUUUCUAGUUUGGUCGUUUACGGAAACAAACAUGGCUCCAGCAGCAGCUCCAGAGCCCCAAUUCAAGAAGGACGAGAAGGCCUUAUGCUUUCAUCAUGAACUGCUCUACGAGGCUAAAGUGCUUGAAGUGCAGCCUGUCGACGAAGAUGACAAGAAGAGCGGUUUCCAGUACAAAGUCCACUACAAGGGCUGGAAAAACACCUGGGACGAUUGGGUAGCAGAGGACCGCCUCCGCAAACUGACUCAGGAGAACCGGGAGCUUGCCAACAGCCUGAGACACGAAGUCCUUGAAGCUCAACGUGCUGCCCGAGCUCAACCUGCACCUUCUAAAAAGAAGCCGGUGGGAUCAUCAGUUCGCGGUAGCGAAGAACGCCAGAUGACCACCCAAAAUAACGGCCCCCGAGGCCAGAAGAGAGUGCGUGAUCAAGAGCUCGAGAAGGAGGUCUUCCAGAGCCGCCGUGCCGUCCGUAUCAUGAUGCCCGACCGACUGAAGAGUCUGCUUGUAGACGACUGGGAGAACAUCACCAAGAACCUCUCAUUAGUUCAGCUUCCUGUCAAAGCAUCAGCUGCGUACAUCUUGGACGCCUACUAUGAGUAUGCUUCAGCACCAGGCACUCGUAGUAGUGCCGAAAAGGACAUCCUUGAGGAAGUCAUUGCCGGCCUCAAGGAGUACUUCAACAAGGCUCUUGGCCGUCUGCUUCUCUAUCGCUUUGAGCGCGAACAGUUCUACGAGGUUCUCAAGGGGAUUGAGAGCUCAACGGGCGAGUACAGCGGCAAGUCCAUCGCCGAGAUCUAUGGUGGCGAGCAUCUACUGCGUCUUUUCGUCUCCAUGCCUGAGCUCAUCGCUCAAACCAACAUGGACACGCAAGCUGUCAACCGUCUCCGUGAGGAGCUAGGCUUCAUGACCAACUGGUUGCAGAAGGAGCCCCAAGUCUCCCAAUUCUUCAAGUCUGACUACGUGAGCCCUAGUCAAGCCUAUAUCGACAAGGUCAAGACUAGUACUUGA